AGGUCUCUGGACGUGAGUCAAUUUUUAUUCGAAGAAACAACGGGGCCGCACGCAAUGCAGUGAAAAUAAAAUUAAAAUAACUAAUUGAAUUGAAUAUUUAAAUAAGAAAAACUAAUUUUUUAUAAAAUAUAACAACAACUUAAAAAACACUAGUCAAAUUUAAUAAUUUUCAUAAAGAAAAUUGCAAAAAAAGAACUAAAAAGAAAUUCCUCAAGGAAAAUUGCAAACGUCUGCCCAAAGAUAGAAAGAAAAAAAAAAAAGAAAUAGACAAAGAAGUAAGACAAGAGAAAAGCAGAGGAGUAACUGGAGUGCGUGUGUUUGUAUAAGUGUGUGUGUUUGUUUGAAAUGUGUACGUAAAUGUUGGUGUGCGCAAAAAGUGCUGGAAUUUCAAUUUAAGCCAAAAAAGCCGACAUCAGCAGCAGAGCAGUUAGUGGAAUAAAAAAAUAAAAUAUUAAAGGUGGAAUAAACACAAGACGUCAAAAAAUUAGAAAAAAAUACAACCAUAACGAUAAUAAAGGUGUUGGUGUUGAUUCAUUAAUUUAAAAUAAUCAUUUUGUGACAAUAAAAACCUCUUACAAAGUGACUAAAAGAGGGCGGUGCUGCUACUACUAAAGUGAAAAAAGUAUACAAAAAGAAUAACUUCAAGGAGGGCCCCCUAACAAGAAACAAACAAAAAAAAAGGAGCCACUACAACCACAUGUUUUAUUAUAAUUUCUAAAAAAAAGUGAUUUUUGUUUUCAAUAUUUUCCCAUCAACAAUAGUUGCCUGCCUGUACACGUAUCCAUUCCACAAAAAGGAGAACUGCUGGAACAUCUUUUUAUACAUGUUUUAAGAUUCUAUUAAAUUUUUUAAUUUUUUGCAUCUGAUCAUCACCAUUAUUAUUUUUAACUGCUUUGGGGGCUACAAAUCAAAAUAUAAAUUACAAUGAUUUUGUUGGAAAUCAAUAAUCGCAUUGUCGAGGAGACUUUACUGGUUAAAUUCCGUAAUGCUAUAGCCGGAUUAAAACCAGAAUCAAUAGAUGUUAAAAUAGCGGAUUUUGAUGGAGUUUUAUUUCACAUUUCCAACAUAAAUGGAGAUAAAACUAAAGUCAGAACCAGCAUUUCUUUAAAAUUUUAUCAACAAUUACAAGAACAUGGUGCCGACGAAUUGCUCAAGCGUGAAUAUGGUAGUCUCUUAACUGACACGGAAGAUGGUUACAAUGUAUCCGUACUUAUUAAUUUAGAAGAUAUACCCUCAGACUGGGAACAAGUGGCCAAAAAAAUUGGUUUAUUAAAGCGUAAUUGUUUCGCAUCAGUUUUUGAAAAAUAUUUCGAUUUUCAAGAACAAGGUGAAGAGGGACAAAAACGUGCUGUUAUCAAUUAUAGAAACGAUGAGACUUUAUAUGUUGAAGCCAAAGCGGAUCGUGUUACUGUUGUUUUUAGUACCAUAUUCCGUGAUGAAGAUGAUGUUGUUAUAGGUAAAGUUUUUAUGCAAGAAUUACGAGAAGGUCGGCGUGCAUCGCAUACUGCACCACAAGUGCUCUUUUCCCAUCGUGAACCACCAUUGGAAUUGGCUAAUACGGAUGCUAAAGUUGGCGAUAAUAUUGGUUAUGUUACAUUUGUGCUCUUUCCACGUCAUACUAAUAAAGAAACUAGAGAUAAUACCAUUAAUUUAAUACAUAUGUUCCGAGAUUAUUUACAUUACCACAUCAAGUGUUCAAAGGCUUAUAUACACUCUAGAAUGCGUGCAAAAAACCUCAGACUUCUUAAAAGUUCUUAAUCGUGCAAGACCAGAAGCUAAAAAUAUGGAAAAGAAAACUAUAACGGGGAGAACAUUUAUACGCAAAGAAUGAUUUAUGGACCAUGUCUAGUUGUUUUUUUUUAUUAAAUGUAUUAAUUUUGUAUUAUUAAAGAAAACUAAUAAAGUAAUAAUAAACAUACGAAGUAAACAAAUACAUUUUCCAUACAAAAAUUCAACAAAAAAAGCAAAAAACAAAAAUUUCUUCAUCUUAUCUGGAAACAACAAAAGCAAACAAACGCCAAUUUAAACUUAAACAAGAAAAUAAAAAGAAAACUCUUAAAAAAAACGGUAUUCCAAAAGUUAUAACUUGUCUUACAAA